AAAGGAAAAAAACCAAAAAAACUCCUCAGCUUAAACACCACCUCUUCACUUCUUUCUUUCUUCACUUUCUUUUUCUUUCUUCUUCUCCCUUAAAACUCACGCACAUAUAUCUCUCACACACUCCCCUUGCUCCAUCACGCUCCAAGUCACGUCUCUCUUCUCAAUCACGUUUCUUCUUCUUCUUCACCAUGUCUAAAAAAAAUACACGUGGUGUAAAGCGUAACAAAGCAUCAUCUUCAAGAGUAAAUGAGGAUCCAGGUUCAGAUUUGGAAGUGGAGAUGGAACGACAAAGCCGACGUAGUGCACGAGCUAGGAGUGACACACAAUUUGACACUAGCAAAUUCAAAUCUUCUGUGACAGCUAUGCACUAUGGCAGGUUACGCAGUCUUCGUUUCAUUGAGGAAAGAAGGGUAGAACUUGGAUCGAAUGAGUUCCCAGAUUUUCAAAAGGAGCUAGAAGAGAGAGGGUGGAUGAAGUUGGCUAAACCACCUCGAUACUUCAAUCAUGAGGUAGUUCGACAAUUUUAUGCCAAUUCCCUUUUUUCUGAAGAGGCUAAAGAGCAAAGGAAGUCUUGGGUGAAUGGAAUCCAGGUGAAUUAUGAUAAGGAUACAAUCAAUAAUUGUCUAGGAAAUCCAUGGGACCCACACACCGAUGAUGAAGACGAUUUGUGUGACUACCAAACACAGGAACUUAAAGGCAUGAAUCAUCUAAAUGGAUUUAGCAAAGAUAAAGUGAGGAAGAAGCUCUGCAUCGAAGGACUUGAUACAACUAAAAUGAAGGGUGGGAUUUACAGAGCCUGCAUGAAACAACUUCCUCUCAUCUGGAUGAAUUUCUUGGUUACCAACAUGUUGCCUUCUUCUCAUGUAUCAGAUCUUCCAUUAACCAAAGCAUGUUUGGUCUAUUCCAUUCUUGAGCAAGAUAGUGUGAACAUAGCGGCUGUCAUUUCUGAUCACCUUGCUAAAUGUAUUGGAAACGGAGUGAAAUCAAUGAUUUUUCCAGCUCUUAUACAUGAAUUAUGCAAGUUACACAAUGUACCAAUGAAUGCUGACAAUGAGCUACCACUUCAAUACCCAAUCACUGCAGCCUAUAUUCAACAGAAUUGCAAAGAGAAUGAUUUGGAUACAGCCAAAGCAGAAUUUGCCAGAAAACUUCAUGAAACACAACCUGAACAGCCAGAGCAAGUUCCACCCACUCAUGAGCCACAAUCAUCCCAGAUGGAUCAGAUUUUAUCUCAGCUACAACACAUGCAAGAGCAGUGGUCUGAGAUACAAUCACAACAAGCUGAGGAUCGAGUACAGCGAGCUGAGGACAGACUCUUACUCCAGCAAGGGGUACACGUUUGUUAGAGGUGCAGGAAGAGCAGAAGAUUCAGAAUCAGCAGCAGAUGACAUACUUCCAAGCUACUACUGAGCUAUACAGGACUGCAAGGAGUGCCUCCCGCUCCACCCCAGACCAGCCUUGUGUUUGGCCAUCCUAUGAGGAGUAUUUCUCACAUUUAUGCUGGCCUGAGGACAGGCCCUACUUCACAGAGGGGAGGGGAGAUAUUAUCCAUCAUGCUGGAGCUAGAGAUUGAUGCAGUUGACUGAAAGCUCACCAUACUGAGUGAUUUUUAAUUUUCUGUCAUUUAAUUUCAGUACUUAGUUGGUUUUUAGUAUUUUAGUAGUAUGUUGGUACUUUCUAUUACUUGUUUUGGUUUUGAGUAUUUUAUUUUGGAACUUUCCAUGGAUUUUGGAUUUAGAGGUUACCUCUUGGUUUGCCUUGUUUUGGAUUGAAGUUUGAUCCAUUUGCUUAAGCAUGGCCGAUGAAAAGUUAUUGAUUGCAUGAUUGUUGGGUUUUAAAAUUGAAAGCAUGAUCCUUAUAGACUUUUGUGGUUGCACUCAUAGGUAAUUUGGCAUGAAUAAAUGCAUUUUUCACAUGAGUCCAUAGGCAUAACCUUGUAAUGUCUUGAUAUCAAAGGGACUCCUGGCCCACAACCGGGUGAGGGAGUGUGACCAAACACUAGUGAGAUGAGAGAAAGAGAGAACCAUCAUUGUUUUACAAAGUUGGACUUGCUUGAGUCUCUAGUUGUGGAAAUUGCAUGGGAAUGAAAGAAAAAUCAAGGCAUUUUGUUCUUUAGUGUAAAUAACCACUUAGCCAAAUAAGCUUACCCUUGAUUAGGAAUUCCAUUUGCACCCCUUUUGAGCUUAAAUUGAAAUUUUGUUGUUCUCUGUAUAUGAUCCCAAAGCCAAAAAAAAAAGUCUCUUCCUUACUUUCAUAGUUAAGAGAGCAUAAAUGAUCGGAUUGUAUAAUUGUGCAAGUUGGGGGGAGUGAGGAUUUUGGUAUUCUUUUUGUUCAAUGAAAAUGUCAACUUCUCAAUCUAACUAUGUGUAAAUUCAAUGGAAAAGAAAAAAACAAAAAAAAACAAAAAGAAAGAUUGAGAAGUUGAAAAGGAAUGAAAGGGUUGAGGUGUGCUACAAAUUGUAAAGAAACGGUGACAAAACAGAGUGGAAAGUUAUUGGUUGUAAUAUAUGUCAUUUUAUGCUCUCUUGACUAGAAAGUGUUUGAAUAUCCCAAAAAACCAAUGUCUUUUGAAACCAGACCUCAUUACAACCCUACAAAGACCUUUGUGAUUCUGGAUUAACCAUGCAAUUUGACGAUUACUGAGACAGGUAACAAGUUUGAUUUUUGUGAUUCAUUGAUAGAUUUGAGUGAAACACUUGCCCUUUGUUGGUUCUUUAAAAUUAUAUGCAAAGUGUACUGAAGUUCCCAUUGGUUGAAAACACAUUUGAUAGUGUGAUUUGCCUUGUAGACUCAUGAUGGAUUGUGUAAAUUUUCAUUGUCAUACUUAUCUUUUGUGGGCAUCACAUUGUUUGAUGGGAAGUGCAAAAGUUGGAAAUCAUGCAAGGUCUGAGGUUUUUGAAUUUUAACGGUUCAUAACCAAUGCUUUUAGCAAAUCUUUGUACAUUUUCUUUUUUAUUGGAUUGAUACCAUUUGUUUGAGGGCAAACAAAGUUCUAAGUUGGGGGGAGUUGAUAAGUGUCAAUUUUACCUAGUUUUCCAUUGUUAUUAAGACACUUAUCUAUGUGAUUUAUGGAAAAUUUAUAUCAAAGUACUCUCCUUUGCUAAGAAUUUAUAGAUUAAUGAAUUCUAACUAGAAAGUGUUUAAAAUUUAAUUCCAAUCUCAACUUUUGUUGUAGGAAUGAUGAUUUAAGGAACAAAUGCAAGAGACCAAGGAUUUUGAAGAUUUUGUGUCAAAAGAGCUGAGCUGAUUUUGAAGGUGCUCAGCUGAUUUUUAGUGGAAUGGUUCUGUCCUAAAAGAGCUGAGCUGAUUUUGAAGGUGCUCAGCUGAUUUUUAGUGGAAUGGUUCUGUCCUAAAAGAGCUGAGCUGAUUUUGAAGGUGCUCAGCUGAUUUGAGGCGGUUUGGAGACAAAACCCAUCAGUGAAGGUAAAACAAAUUCAACUCAGCUCACGGGAAAAAGAGCUGAGCGCCCUGUGUCACAAAUUUCAUAUAAGAAGGCCAAAAAUCCCAUCAGAAAGGACCAACAGGGAGAACCAGAACUUGACAAAGGAGAAAACCCACAAAGGAAGAAAGAAAGAAAAGGGAGAUUGAGAACUUUCGCACCCUCCGUCGAGCUGGGGACACGCCGACGACGGCACGGAUCAUCUCCAUCUUCUCUAUUCUCUUGUAAGCUUUAAGCUUCCAUGAAAAUGGAUAGCUAAACCUCUUUGUGUUGGGAUUGGAUGCAGUCUUUUAUCUUGAAUGUAUCCAACUUGAUUCUCAUCUAUAAAUUUCUAUUCCUAUGUGUUGAUUUCAA